AAUCAGAAAACGGCCAGCUUGCAUUGAAAAUCAUCUGUCUGUCUUCUUCGUCCCGAAUUCUCAAUAUAUUUUAAUUUUAAAAUAAUCUCCAAGCGUUAGCCAGUCAAUCCGAUCCGAUAAGCAAUGACGAACGAGGAAGUGGGCACCAACAGCGUCGCCGACCGCCUGCAGGUGGGUCCGCGCGAGGGCGUCACCUAUCCGAUCCAGAUGAAGUACUGCGGCCACUGCACGAUGCCCAUUGAGUACUGCGAGUACUAUCCGGAGUACGAGAAGUGCAAGGAAUGGCUGGAGCGCCACAUGCCAGACGACUUCGAGCGCCUAAAGAUCGAGGAGGAGGCGGCCGCCGCCGACGGGACGGAUGACGACAAGAAGCGCCAGAAGCGCGGCGGCAAGGGACUGCUGCGCGUCAAGAAGAAGGAGGAUGUGCCCAAGCGCAUCUGCGUCUCGCGGGCGGCCCGUGGCAAGAAGAAGUCCGUGACAGUGGUCACAGGAUUGAGCACUUUCGACAUUGAUCUCAAGGUGGCCGCCAAGUUCUUUGGCACCAAGUUCGCCUGCGGCUCUUCGGUGACCGGCGACGAUGAGAUCGUUAUCCAGGGCGACGUCAAGGACGAUUUGUUCGAUGUCAUACCCGAAAAGUGGGCCGAAAUCGACGAAGAUGUCAUCGAGGAUUUGGGCGAUCAGAAGCGAACAUAAAUAAAUUAAUCAAUUUUUUAGCUUAUUUUAUACGCUACAUCAAACAUUAAAAUAUGAAACGUUAAACGUAAAAA